AAGAUAUAGCUAGAACAUUUUAUAUGGAAGAGGACAGAAGACUUGAGUGAACAGCCAUCACUGUAAGGAUCAAGAAUACAUAUACAGCAUAUACAAAUACUUCUCAUCUUCAUCAUAAAGUACGCUGUGGUACAGUCUUCUGUUCUGAAUAAAAAGCAACUAUGUUGAGCAAUACUCAAAUGUUCUUUAAUAAACAUUUUACAAAGCAUAAUCAAAAGUGUUUUUGAUGUAUAUGGAUCGGUAACAGACAUCCUUUGGUCGCGGGGGUGGGUGGGUUCUCCGUAUACGCGGGUGCCUCCGGUUACUAAUCACUGCGAAUAGGGGGGAAAUACUGUGCAUAAAUGUUCAUAAAUUAAGGGGCUCAAUAUUUCAUUUAAAAACUGAAAAAAUACUGUAUGUCAUUUUUCCCAUGUUUAAAUAAGCUUGUAAUAAGGAUUUCUCAAUUUUUGUCAUUCAUGAUACUAAUACUGACUCAAAAACUGGGGGGUAAAGCUUUUUGUCCUUGUACCAUGCUUGCAUUUUCAUAAGGUGUUUAUUCAGUGCAGUUGUUAUCGUAAAGUGAAACUUUAUAGUCAAUUGAAUCAACAAUAUCUACGUGAUGUAGGGUUAAUAAUAACGAACUGGUUUUACCUAAAGAGCCCUGAGUUCAUGUGAUGUGUAUUUGCUUAUGUGUCUUGUUAUAGAUUGAUUUUGUAGUAAUGUUUUUAAAUGUUUUUAUUUCUAUUGACUUGUCCUGUCCAACAGCUGAGCAAAUAGAUGACAGCUGAAGGCGUUUGACAGAUUUUACUUUUACAGAAGGAGGUUCUGAAUCUUUGAACACACGUGUAUAUUGGUCAGAAAAAUACAAUUUAAACAUUGAGUGAACAUGGAUUUUAUUUGUGAUUUUGAAAAGAAGUCUUUGUAUUUUUCUACAAUAGGAAAUAGAGGUUUUUCAGAUGGGUUUUUAUGUAAUGUGAGUUUUACAAGUUUUUCAAGUUGAGCAACAGCAUUGAGACACAUUAGGAGACUGAAUGACAGAAAUGUUUAUGUUUUAACUAAAAGGCUCUAAAAAUUAUUUUAAGAAGGAAACACUUCUGAAUUUAAUAACUCAUUAGAAACAUUUUUUUUUAGUCUUACGAUUUGUCGGAUUCAUUUCAGUAAUAGGAUUUUCUGAUAUCACUACCCUCACAAUAUAUAUGUAAUGUUUAACAUAAGCUUCAAAUAACCACACAUUUGUUACAAUAGAAAUAUUUUGAUUUAAAGUGAAAAAGAACUAAAACAACAAGGGAGACUACUUUUCUGAAAAACACCUGUGUCAGUUGUGGUUCCCACUGGGCUGCUUUGACAGCUGCUUGCUAUUGUUUUAGUCUUAGAUCACUCAUUGAGUGGCCGUGCUGUAGAUCUUUUGCUAGGCUAAUCAUUUUUUUUCUGCCUCACCGUGAAAACCAACACCUUUCUUUCAAUCUCAUACGAGGAACAAUAAUACACAGAACUCAUCUGUAACAACACCUUCUUGUUUGUUUUAUGAAUAAUAAAUAUCCCAACUGACUGCACCGUCAUGAACCACGCCAUCCUGUUUUACAAGUCUUUCACAACAAAAGAGAAUUGUGUUUGAACCACAACUGCUCGAGGCUGAGGAAACACUCAUCUGCUAUAUUAGAACAGAGAAGAUCUGAAGAUGGCUUUGCCACUGACGUCCAUCAUCUGUCUCCUGCUGGUCGUUCCAGCCUCUCAGGGUGGGAGGAUUUUAGUGUUUCCUCAUGAUGGAAGCCACUGGGUGAACAUGAGGAUUCUUGUUGAGGAGCUGAAUUCGAGAGGCCACUCACUGACGGUUAUUCGUACCGCAGACAGCUGGUACAUCACCGAUACUUCCCCUUAUUACAGUGCACUCACCAUAGAUGUCAAAGGAGGAGGAAAUGAAGAAUUUUUUCGCCACUUUGUCUCACAAGUUAUCAAGAUUAAAAAAAGCAAAGCGUCUGCGUGGGCUCAGUUCUCUCUGAACAUGGAGUUAAAGAACAGGUUCUCUUAUUUUCACGAAAAAGUCUGUGAAACAAUAGUGUACAUGUUUGAGAACACAACUUUGAUGAGGAGUCUUCAAGAGGCCAAAUAUGAUGCCGUUCUGACAGACCCCGGUAAUGGAGGAGGCGUGUUUUUGGCUCACUACCUCAGAUUACCGAUAGUGUUUAACGCUCGCUGGACGGUUCACGGUGAGGCACAUUUUGCCAUUGCACCUUCGCCUCUUUCAUAUGUCCCACUUCCACCUUCAGAAUUAACAGAUCGCAUGACUUUUUUGGAAAGAGUAAGAAAUGUAAUUUAUUAUAUCACCAGGAUGCAUUUGUAUAAACAGACAGUUGGAGCUCAUUAUUCUGCUCUUUCCAUGCGUUACUUUGGCCCAAAUGUGGAUUAUUUCUCCUUAUUUCAAGCUGCAGACCUGUGGCUGAUGAGAGUGGACUUUGUGUUUGAGUUCCCUCGCCCCACCAUGCCCAAUGUGGUCUAUAUGGGAGGUUUCCAGUGUAAACCUGCUAAACCACUUCCUGAUCACUUGGAGGAGUUUGUACAGAGCUCUGGAGAACAUGGAUUCAUCAUCAUGUCACUGGGAACGCUGAUUGCAGAUCUACCUGCUGACUUAGCAGAAGAGAUCGCUGCAGCUUUUGCUGAAUUACCACAGAAAGUCAUCUGGAGACAUAAAGGGAGCAGACCCUCCGCUCUGGGAAACAACACUUUACUGGUUGACUGGAUCCCGCAGAACGACCUUUUAGGACAUCCCAAGAUUAGGCUGUUCGUAGCUCAUGGUGGCACUAAUGGGAUCUAUGAGGCUAUUUAUCACGGAGUUCCAGUUGUUGGGAUUCCAAUCAUUUUUGAUCAAGCUGAUAACCUCUCCAGACUGAGGGCCAAAGGAGUGGCGAGGACAGUGGAAAUUUCUGAUCUGGAUCGGACUAACUUUCAAGAAGCCAUACAGGACGUCCUGAAUGAACCCUCCUACAGGAUGAACAUGCAGAGACUCUCCAGGCUGCACAGAGAUACGCCCAUGAGGCCGCUGGAUACUGCCCUCUUCUGGAUAGAGUUUGUCAUGAGACACAAAGGAGCUGCUCACCUGAGAACAGAGUCCUACAAGCUGCCCUGGUACUCCUACCACUCUGUGGAUGUCAUGAUGUUUCUACUAACAGCUGCUGGGCUUCUGAUGUUCUUAACCUUUGGUUUACUCUGGUUCUGUUUCAGACUGUGUUUUAAAAGAAAACAGAAAAAGGAGUAGGAUAAUAAAAUAGUUGUUAAACUUUAAUCCAAAGUGAACUAUUCAUUCGUAAACA